AUGCUCAACACCACCACUGAAGAUUUCCCCAAGAUGGAGUAUGUUCGCCUCGGAAACACUGGCAUGAGAGUCAGCCGUCUUUGUCUCGGAUGUAUGUCUUAUGGUAGCUCAAAAUGGGCUUCUUGGGUCAAGGACGAAAAGGAAGGUAUCGAGUUUAUCGAAGCCAGUUACAAACUUGGUAUCAAUUUCUUUGACACGGCUGAUACUUACUCUAAUGGUGAAAGCGAAAAGGUGCUUGGUAAGGCCUUGAAGAAGAUUGGUGCUCCUCGAUCUCGUGUUGUCGUUGCUACCAAAGUGAACUUUCCCGUUCAUAAGGAUGUGGGUACUUUUAAUAUGAACAUUAAAGACGAUGCCGAGUAUGUCAAUGAAUUUGGUCUUUCUCGCAAACAUAUUUUGGAUGCUGUCGAUGCUUCCUUGAAAAGACUUGAUACAGACUACAUUGAUUUGUACAUAAUUCAUCGUUUUGAUCCCAAUACACCUAUUGAAGAAACAAUGGAGGCUUUGAAUGAUGUUGUUCGCUCUGGCAAGGUGAGAUACAUUGGCGCCUCCUCCAUGUCUGCAUGGCAAUUCCAAAAGAUGAACUAUAUCGCUGAAAAGCACGGAUGGGCCAAGUUUGUUUCCAUGCAAAACUUGUACAACCUGAUCUAUCGUGAAGAAGAAAGAGAGAUGGUGCCUUAUAUUUGCGAUGCAGGCAUUGGAAUGACUCCCUGGUCUCCUCUCAGCGGCGGUGAACUUGCUGGCAAGAACAGAAACACAAAGCGUGAAGAGUCGCCCUUUACCUUAAAGAACCUUCAUCCUACUACACAGCAUGAAUCUAAUGAAAUUAUUAUGGACAGAAUUGGCGAGUUGACAAAGAAGUACAAUGCUACCUACGCUCAAAUUGCCAUGGCAUGGCAGUUUACCAAGCCCUAUGUCACUUCUCCCAUCAUUGGUGCUAGUAAAAUGGAGCAAUUGCACGAUUUGGUUCGUUCACUGAGCAUCAAGCUGACAGAGGAGGAUGUCAAAUAUCUGGAAGAGCCCUAUGCUCCAAGAAAUGUUAUUUAA